AUGUACGCCUACCAGCAACCAGCGGGCAUUGCCCAUAAACUGCCAGACAAUUCGCCGUGGGGAAGGCAGCAGCCCCAUCACCCGGCCUUUGGCCCGCACCCGCCACCGACGUCCCCCGGCUUUGCCAUGUUCGCAAACGGAAACGUCGGCCCUCUGCAGCAUCACAUGCAACCCAUGCACCAUCCACAGAACUCCCUCUCGCACUACGCCUCUCCCCCACCCAACGGAAAUGUCGGCGCACAUGCCGGUCCGCCGGGUCUCCAGGGUUCGCCCCAGCAAGCUCCAGCCGCCGCCCAUGCACCCCACUGGCAGACUCAGCUGUACAAGUUCGAGUUGAGCCGCGCGUCUCGAUCUCCGCACCAUCGAGCCCGUGCGAACGCAAUGGCCUUCCGCACAGUAGCGAAACAUAACAUCCCGAUCAUGAAUCCGAACAAGCCAACACCGGAGACCAACGGAAAUGGGAAGGACGGGAGCCCAUCACUGACCGAGAAUGGCGCUGCCGCAUCACCAAGACAGGCAGAGGAUCAUCCGUCUUCCACGGUGGGGCCCGUAGCGCCAGCGCCCAAGCCGAUGGCCACCAAGUUGCGAAAGGACAACUGGACCUCUCUUGACAUGGGUGGCGUGCAGCUCAAGAACCUGCCCGGCACUUCUGGCCUAUUCUCCUUCACCUUCCUCGUCAACCUCUACCUGAAUCACAACCAGCUGACCGCCAUUCCCCCGGAGAUUACGCACCUGAAGCACCUAGAGGUUUUGGAUCUGUCAGGAAACCAGCUCCACUCGAUCCCGCCCGAACUCGGUCUGCUUGUUCAUCUCAAGGAGCUUCUAUUGUUCGACAAUCACCUUACGACCAUCCCGUACGAACUCGGCACGUUACAUCAGCUGCAGACGCUCGGUGUCGAGGGUAACCCGUUGGAUACGCAAUUGAAGCAGAUCAUUCAGAAGGACGGCACGCCGGCGCUCGUCGCGUGGAUGCGCGAUCGUGCCGCGCGUCGCCCGCAACCCGCGCCGCGACAGUGGUUGCAUCUCACAACAGAGGCGGAGCGCGAAGCGAUGAAGUCCGACCCCACGGUCGAGACUGUGCGCGUGCUUUCGUACAACAUUCUCUGCGAGAAGGCCGCGACGGAGCGCAUGUACGGUUACACGCCGUCAUGGGCGCUCGCGUGGGACUACCGGAGGACUUUGAUCAUGGACGAGAUUCUCCUGCACGACGCGGACUUCAUGUGCCUACAGGAAGUGGAUAAGGGGCAGUACGAGGACUUCUUCGUCACGAAACUCGAGGACCAUGGGUACGAGGGGUUGUACUGGCCAAAGUCGCGAUACAAGAUGAAGAGCGACGCGGAUAAGCGCUCGGUUGACGGGUGUGCGAUCUUCUACAAGAAGGACAAGUUCCAGCUGGUAGAACGCCACCUCGUCGACUUCAUCGCUAUCGCCAUGCAGCGCUCCGACCUCAAGAAGACGGACGACAUGUUCAACCGCGUUUUGAUCAAGGACAACAUGGCCGUCAUCGGGCUGUUUGAGGGCCGUGAGAGCGGAACGCGUUUCAUCGUCUCGAACGCGCAUCUGGCUUGGGACCCGAAGUACUCGGAUGUCAAGCUUGUGCAAACAGCGUUACUCGUGGACGAGGUCGAGAAGAUCGCAGACAACUUCGCGCGGUAUCCGCCACGGCCGCCACGCGAGCCCGUACCAGGCGAGCCGGCACCGCGUCCGCCACCAACGUACAGCGACGGCACGAAGAUCCCUACCAUCCUCGCAGGCGAUUACAACUCCAUUCCUGGUUCCGGCGUGUACGAGUACCUCGCAACAGGCUCAAUCGCGCAUGACCACCCCGACUUCCUGUCGCACGAGUACGGCAAGUACUCAGGUGACUGGCUGCGGCACAAGCUCCAGCUCAAGAGCGCGUACGCGGAUAUCGGGGAGAUGCCGUUUACCAACUGCGUGCCGAGCUUCGUGGGCGCGUUGGAUUAUAUCUGGUUCGGACAGAAUAAUAUGGCGGUCAGUGCUGUGUUGAGCGAGAUCGACCCGGUGUAUAUGGAGAAGACGGUUGGUUUCCCGGAUGCGCAUCAUCCUUCCGACCAUAUCUGCAUCGCUGCAGAACUCCGCGUCAAGACUCCCCGCGAACCUCAACCUCCACGGCAAACUCCCGUCUUCCACAACUCGUCAUGA